UGAAAGUCUAAAUUAUGUAUAUACAUAUCACACAAUCUUUUACUUGCAAUGAGAAGUAAUUGAUGACGAAUUAUAACAUCAAGAAUUCUCUCCCCGGAGGAAGUUCUUCAUCUUUAAGAAACCAAGGAAUGAUGGCCUCAGAGAAGGAAAUUUUCAGCCUCACGGGUCCAACAUUUCUUACAUCUAUUGAUUGGAACAACUCGCACCAUAGACGGUCGGUUGCUGCCAGCCUCGUGCAGGGAGUCUACACGAUGGAACGGGACAGGCAGCAGAACCGGGCCGGCUCUCAAGCAUUGGCUCCACCAUGGUGGCAAUUGUUCGAUUUCAAAUUAAACCAUAUACUUGUGGACAACCAGGAUCUCUCUUACUUUGGCGCUAUUUAUGAGUUCAACUCCUCGUAUUCAUACCACAGCUAUUCAGGCCAGAGGCCUCCCCAGUAUGUCAUUGCCUUCCGGGGCACCAUCAAGAAGCCUGGCAAUCGGGAGCAGGACUUCAAGCUCAAUCUCCAUUUCAUGCUCCAUAAUCUCAACAACAGCACCCGUUAUCAAAUAGGAUUAGAAUCUGUUCGAGAGAUAGCUCACAGGGCCGGCCCCCAGAACGUUUGGCUAGCCGGGCAUUCCCUGGGAGCGUCCAUUGCAUUGCUCAUAGGACGUGACAUGGUUAAGCACACAAAGAUGAAUCUUGAAACCUACCUCUUCAAUCCUCCGUUCGCCUCUCUCCCCAUCGAGAAAAUAGCAAACGAGAAGUUGAGGCACGGCCUUAGGUUUGCAAGCAGUGUCCUGACUGCCGGCCUGGCUGUUGCCACCGGCGGUGGGAAGAGCGCUAAGGAAGAGGACACGUUCGUUGUUUUGUCCACGUGGAUUCCUUAUUUGUUUGUCAAUCCAUCGGACCCCAUUUGUUCGGAGUACGUUGGCUAUUUCGAGCAUAGGGAGAAGAUGGAGUCAAUGGGUGCGGGGAAAAUUGGAAGGCUUGCCACAAAACACUCUGUAGGGAGCAUUGUUAGAGGAAAGGAUUGUGAGGCAGGACAUCUCAUUCCUUGUGCUUAUUUGAGUAUCAACUUGAGCCCUUCUCAGAGUUUUAAGGAAGCCCAUGGGAUUCAUCAGUGGUGGAGACAAGAUUUGCAGUUUAAGUACAAAUUGUUUCAGUACAAUUAAGAGUUUUUUCUACAUUGUACUAAUUAUGGUUUCUAGUUUUUUUUUUGUUCAUUUCAUGUGAUGGUCUAAUAGGUGUUUUUUCCUUUAUUUUUUUCUUUUUUUAAUGUGAAACUUUGCGAAAGGUGAUCAUAUUCGAUUUGGUAAUUUUUGGGUUCGAUUGAAGUGGGCAUGACACGAUUCAAAAAUAUUCACAGAGA